GUUGUUGCUCAUUUUCUUGUAAGAAGAGCGCAUUUUGUUGUGUUUCUCUUCUUCCACCCUUUUUUGUUUUUAUUAUUUCAAUUCCUUUGCAAAUUAUUUCUUGCAUGGAGAGCUUGGAAGAGAAAGUGUCCAUGUUCAUGGAUGAUGAUGAAGAAGAAGAACAAUACGAAUGUCACUCUUCUAUGGAGGAUCUCUUGUAUUCCGAAAGCCUCGGUGGCGGCCACUCCGGCGGCAAUUCGCUGGCGGAAACAACCUUGUAUUGGGAAUCUCAGGUGGCACUGCUUCAGGAAAUUAUGGAGAGGUAUCAGUCAGCAGGGUCGAAAUUGAGGCAAGAGGUAGGUCAAAUAAUAAAGGAGGUUAAGACUUCAGAUUUUUGUAGCUGCUUCAAGCCAAACUCUUCACAUUGCACCACCUGCUUCAGAAGACAAGUAGUUGAUAUGCUCUGCCACAAAGGGUUCAAUACAAGACUUCGGAUAUCCAAAUGGGGAACCACAAAAAAGUUUCCUGGAGGGUCUCACGAGUUUAUUGAAGUGAUAGCAAACACUGUAACAAGGAAGAAGCAGAUCACGUUUCUAGUUGAACUUGAGUUCAGGGACCAGUUUAAGAUAGCAACAGCUGGUAAAGCAUACCAGAAACUUGUAUCCUGUUUGCCAGAAUUUUAUGUCGGGAAGCCAGAAUGCUUAACUGCCAUCGUUCGAGUCAUGUGUGAAGCUGCCAAAAAGUCAUUGAAAGAGAAGAAAAUGCACAUUGGUCCAUGGAGGAAGAGUGGAUUCAUGCAAAUGAAGUGGUCAGGCUUCAAUCAAACAUUGACUUUAGAAAAUUCCGCGGGUGAUAUUCCAGCUAAUGAACCUUACCUGAGAAUUUCUGGUGCUCCUUCUGUGCUAGUCACAUGAAAGUAAUUGAGUUAGGUGAAGGUUGAAUCCCAAUGGUGGCUUUUGCAGAAGGAUUUUGAAGUGAGACCUUGUAGUUGUAGUAGGAUUUGAUCCCCCAGCGGAGCUACUUAUACAACCCUAGAAGUAGCAUAAUUUAAUGUACCAAGUUAUGUAGUAGAAACUCAGUUUUGUGUUGUAAAUGGUUUGGUCUAAUUUGACCAAGGUCAAUUUACGUGUAUGAGGCAUAAGCUUUGCACUAUUAUCAUGAGUGCCAACAGAUACCAGAAAAAAAAUUACAUAAGAGAAGCCUUUGCAAAAGUGGCUUCAACAUGUUUUACUUGAUACAUGUGUCAAUGACUCAUUCAAAUUUUCAAAACUUAAUAGUGGACCAAAAUUACAAAAAAAAAAAUGCCACUCGUCACAGCAAUCACUACAAUAUGAGCGAAUAAACAUACUCUUGAUUCAGUUAAAGUCACAGGUAACUGUCGGAUUAAAGCAAUGCAGUAGGCUCAUCUUCGAAAGUGAAUAUUUACAACUGAAAUAUUUACAAGUGGGGGCUGCAUGAUCAAAGUCUGUUGAACAGAGAGAGCAAGAGGCAAAACCGGGUGAAAAAGAAACCAAGAGAUCUUCUUGGCACGACCAUCCAUACUACCAGCUUCAGGGCCUAAAUAAUAAAUUUCAAACGUGAAAUGAAGUUUUCAAGUUCAGGUUUAGCAGGUAGAUCACAGUGGAACGGAUUACAUAUACACAUUACAGGCCAGCACACAACCAGGAGGCAAUGAAGUUUUGAGCAUGGGAAAAUGCAUACCUGGUUUGAUCUUAAACCUGAGGGAAUAUGGAUGCCUUCUUAAAAUGAACUUGAUUGGAUGGUCAGUUGACUGCUUAUGCCUAUCAGUUGCAGAAAUCAGCUGCAAUGCAAUGACGAGAAGAUUUUAAGAAGAUAAACCGUAAUAAGCGAAAAUUGAAACUUCAUCAUAAAGGAGAACAUUUUGCAUGAGAUUUGUGCACGUAUGUCCAUGUGUAUGUUUAAAUGCAUGCAACAAAAGCAGACCUUAUCGUCAAACCGGAAAAGAGAUUGGUCAAAGUAAGGAGAAGGACUCAGUGACUGGCAGCUGAAAGGCAAAGAGGAUAGCAUCUUCUUCAUAAACUGCAUAACGGGAAACAGAAUUUACAGAGAAUAAGUCAGCAUACCAUGUACGCCUUUUGUUUUCUUUUAUGUAAGGGGCAAGGAAGGGAGUAGGCUAUCACAAGGUUACAACCAACAACAAAAAUGUACCUGUGAAGAGCUGCUUGCCUUAUCUUUUAUGCUCCUUAGCUGCUCGAGGGCAUGAAUAUUAUUUGAAUGAGAUGAUAUGAAGUUCAUAUGCAUUGAAUUUCUUGAUGUUGCAUAGAAAUGGUCACAGAACUGCUCAAACAGCAUAUAAAGUUCGUCUGCUGAAUUCUGAUA